AUGGAACGUAUUUUUCAGAAUAUGUCCAUGUUCGACCCUAACGCGAAAACUGACCGCCAACCGCCUCCAAUGCCCGACCCGACCGGAGUUGAGUAUCCGAGAGCUGCCAGUUGGGCUUCCGGCUCAUGUGCUGCUGUUCUGAAAGACGAAAAAGGAUGUCAACUAUUUCGCUGUUUUCUCUAUGAAUCGUUGGCCGAGGAAAAUCUGUCGUUUGUCGAAGCCGUCGAUAAACUGAAAAAGAUGAAAAACACCGACGAGAAAAAGCAAUACGCCAAAGAGAUCGUGCAACUGUACUCGCCGUAUAUUAAUCUGAGCAGUGGUGCGAUGAAGAAAAUAAAAGAUGCAGUGGAAUCCGACAACCUCGAUCCGGAGGAAUUCGCACCUGCUGUUAAAGAGGUGAAACGUCUUCUGGAAAACGAUCAGUUUCCUCGCUUUCGUCGAUCCGAGCUUUACCUAAACUUCUUGGAGAAACUUCUCCCGAGAGCGUACGCCGAACGUUGGGCGACUAGUUUCGAGGCUCUUUUAGGAAAUCAUGUUGGACGUCAUCACUUCCGUUUAUUUCUUCGUGGUAUUCAUGCCGAAGAGAAUCUUCGAUUCUGGGAAGCAGUGGUGGAGUUUCGCGGCAUGAAAAACAAGAGUCCUGCUCAGCUCACGGCCGGAAAAAGCUGCCUAAACACAUUUCUUGCCGAAGGAGCAAAUAAUGAGGUAUUCCUACCGUUCGGCGUUAGGCAAGUGAUCGAGAAGAAAAUUCAAGAGAAGGAUGUCGACAUUACACUUUUCGACGAGGCUAUCAAGCAUGUCGAGCAGGUUCUACGCAACGAUCCCUACGUGCGUUUCCUGCAGAGUCCACAGUACCUUGAACUUUUGGGCAAGCUCAAGAACUGA